CCCGUCGCAUGAAGCGGAGUCCUUCGUUCUAACAGGUCCGAUCGGAUUUUAGGUCCCAUCGAAAUCAUAUCCACAGCCUGAGAUCGCAAUAGUAUCAAUGCCUCGAAAAGGUAGUUCGAAGGUCAAGACGGGUUGUCUAACCUGCAAGGUUCGCAAAGUAAAAUGUGACGAAGGCAAACCCCAUUGUCGGCGCUGCGUGUCUACGGGUCGCAAGUGUGAUGGGUAUGUGCCGGUCGCAUCUUCUACAAGUCUAUCAUGGCAUCGUCCGCGGCAUCUGUUCCCAAAUGUUGAUGAUGUAAAGGAGCGGCGAGCCUUGCAGUUUUUUUGCCAAGCUGCUGGGCCCUCUCUGUCCGGUCCCAUGGACCCCUAUUUUUGGACACAUCUAGUUAUGCAGUUUAGCACUUUUGAGCCUGCAGUUAGACAUUCCGUUGUCGCAAUUAGUUCUCUCUACGAACGCAUACAUUCAGAGUCGACGUCGAUGCAACCAAUAGCUGAUAACAGACUUGCGCUAUUUCACUACAACUCGGCGAUCCGAGAUCUGAAGUCGAUGGAAAAUGAGCCCUUGGUGUUGCUAGUAUGCAUAUUAUUUGUGUGUAUUGAAUUCCUGUUAGGAAACCGGGAGGCGGCUAUUCAACACUGCAAACAUGGUGUCCUGGUCCUGGAAAAUGCCGAGACUCUGUACCCCUGGACAAAAGAACAUCUCUCACCAAUCUUUCGACGGCUGACACUAUUCCCUUUUUUCUUCGGGUUUGAUUAUACCAGCUUUCCGAAGCUCGUCAACCUGGAUGAUCAGUUACCGCCCUCAUUCGAAUCAUUUGAGGAGGCACUGUAUUAUUUAGACGGAAACACUGUGAGGACUGUUCGAUUGGUUCGUCGUGGAGAUGACUAUCGACUCGGGGACAUGCGCCAUAAACCGGUGUCAUCCGAUCUUCUGUCGGAACAACGUAAGAUUAAGAGCUUGCUAGGCGAGUGGAACUCUCGCUUCUUGGAUGUCCUGAAUAAACCCUCGGCAGUUGCCAGGUCAGAAGAGACACUUUGUAACAUCAAUUUAAAAUAUGAAGUUUCCCAGAUAUGGGCGGACGUGGCUUUCGAAUACGACGAAACGAUAUACGACAAGUAUCUCGACAAAUUUCGCUCAAUGGUGGCCCAGGCCGCGCAACUACACUUGUCGAAACCCCACGACUUGAGGGUAGCCCCGAAAUUCAUCUUCGAGAUGGGAUUCGUGGCACUGCUUUUUUAUAUUGUCAUUAAAUGUCGAUGCCUAGAGACUAGACUUCGGGCGCUCUCAUUGAUGAAGGUACUCGGCGUAUCUAGGGAAAACCUUUGGGAAGUCGCUCCGAUGCAUGCGAUCGGCCGACGGUCUGUUGAACUCGAACACGAUUGCCUCAUUGACGAAACGGAUCAACUGUCUACUCCACCCCGCUGGCCAGGUCUACCACCUGAUGAGUCGAGAAUUAGAGAUUCCACCACAAGUCCCUCGCUAACUAUCCAAACUGAUGCCCAGGGCCAGGAAAUUAUUGGCAGAACGACAGGGUUCUUCAAACGAAAAGCCGACGGCAGUAUUUAUAUUCAGAACGAAUUUAUUCCAGAAACGUGGAAGGUUUAUAAUCAUUAAAAUGUUCUUCAUGGUUAGAUUUGCGAAAUUCGCCUGCUAGAGAGUUGCGCAUAUGCCUAGAUUGUAUAUAUUUAUUAAUAAUCUCUAACCCUUCUCUCCUGCUCUUGUGGCGGUUGUCUCGAG